AUGGCGGAGUAUCUUAACCUCCCGAUUGCCCCCGCAGACACUGCGUUUGGAUUAAUGGCCGAUUUCGAAGUGGACAAUCACACAAACAAAGUCUCAUUGAUUGCGGGUGCAUACCGCAACGAGAACGGAGAUCCUUGGGUUCUGCCAAGCGUGAAAGAGGCAAAGAAGCGUCUCAUUGAGACAAUACACGAAUACCUUGGAAUAGCAGGCUCUCCAAAAUUCAUCAAACUGGCGAAGGAGCUCAUCUUCGGACCUAGUACAUCCAGACUGGAAGCAAACGCUGCAUCGAUUCAAACAGUCUCGGGGACCGGAGCAAACCAUGUUGCAGCCACCUUCCUAGCCAAGCACUUGCAUCCAAGCCAGGUUUUUAUUCCUUCUCCAACAUGGAUCAAUCACAAAUCUAUCUGGCAGAUGGCCGGGGUGCCAAUCGUGGAGUAUCCAUACUACGCCCCCUCUACCAAGGCAGUCGAUAUCGCCAGGAUGCUGGAAUGUCUGGAGCAGGCCAAACCCAAUGAUGUGGUUAUCCUGCAAGCAUGUGCUCAUAAUCCCACUGGCGUGGAUUUGUCAAAGCCUCAGUGGAAGCAGGUAGCUGAGCUGGUCGAGCGAAAGAGACUAUUCACUGUCUUCGACAGCGCCUACCAAGGCUUUGCAACUGGCGACGUCGACGGCGAUGCAUGGGCUGUGCGCUAUUUUACAGAAGCAGUGCUUGCGUCAAAAACGCAUCCGGGCAUCUGCGUCGCGCAGUCCUUCUCUAAGAACUUCGGCUUAUACGGCGAACGCGUAGGUGCUUUGCAUCUGAUUGUGCCGCGGCAACUAUCCGCACAUGCCGCGUUAUCUGAGCUCAUGCUGAUCUCACGGGCGGAAUACUCCAACCCGCCCCGGUUUGGGGCGACCAUUGUGGAGACCGUUCUUGGAGAUGAGGGCCUGAAACUUCAGUGGAACAAAGACUUGGAUACGAUGAGCUCACGUAUUCACCGAAUGAGGAGUCUAUUGAGACAGAAGCUCGAGAAAGUGACGCUGCAUGAUUGGACACAUGUGGAAAAUCAAAUUGGCAUGUUCAGCUAUACGGGGCUGACAAGGGAGCAUGUUUCUCGAUUGCAGAAGGAAUUCCACGUCUACCUCCUCCCGUCGAGUCGGAUGAGUGUGUGUGGGCUGAAUGAGGAUAACAUCGAUUACGUGGCUCAUGCGAUUGGUGAGGUGAUCAAAACAAGCAGUUGA